GAAUGUCAGUUUUGUCAGGUCAGAGGUUGUUACUCUGGUAAUAUCCUCCUUCAGCCAAUGAACCUCCUGGUGGUUUUGAAACACACAGGUCCACAAAACCCUAGCCAGUGCCGAGCUAAUGGGCAAAACUUGUGAGAAGUGUUGUAGAUUUUUGGAAGCUGGCAACAUUAACCAAAACCUCUUGUUUGUUUCUGAACAGCAAAAGACUGGGAGUAACAUCAAUGUGCUGUACUCCACCCCGUCCUGCUACCUGUAUCAGUUAAACAGGGCUAACCUGACCUGGUCGGUGAAAUCCGAUGAUUUUUUCCCCUAUGCGGAUGGGCCCCAUCAGUUCUGGACGGGUUAUUUCACCAGUCGUCCAGCUUUAAAACGGUACGAGAGGCUGAGUAACAACUUCCUCCAGGUCUGCAACCAGCUGGAGGUUGUGGCAGCUUCUGAUUCUCGCAGUGGUCCUUUUGGUGUUGGAGACAGCUCAGUGCUGAGGAAGGCUAUGGCAGUGGCCCAGCAUCACGAUGCUGUUUCUGGGACAGAGAAGCAACACGUGGCAAAUGAUUACGCCAAGAAGUUGGCCAAAGGCUGGGAUCAGUGUGAGGUGCUGGUUAGCAACGCUCUAAUGAGUCUCAGUGGAAUGAAACAGAAUUUCAUUUUCUGUGACAAACUCAACAUCAGCGUCUGCCCCGCCAUCGAAGAACUUAGUGAAUUUACAGUUACUGUGUACAACCCCUUGGCCAGAGCAGUGAGUGUGUACGUGAGAAUCCCAGUCAAUGGCACUGACUAUACAGUUUAUGACCCCAAAGCAAGUUUGGUACCAAGCCAGGUGGUUGCUGUAUCGAACUUUACGAAGCUCCUGAGGAAAGACCGUGGCUACGCAGUUAAUGAGUUGGUGUUCCAGGCCAGGUCACCAGCACUGGGCUUUAGCAGGUACAGCGUGUCCAGGAAGCCGGGUAGCCCCGUGCUCAGCACACUGACCAGUUCAGCGAGCAAACAGCAGCAUCAGAGAACAGGCCUCACCAUUGAAAACGAGUAUAUUCGAGUGCUGUUUGAUGCAGACACCGGUCUCAUCAGUGGGAUUGAGAAUCUGCUCAAGAACUUUUCUCUACCCGUUUCUCAGAGUUUCCACUGGUACAGCGCCAGUACAGGGGACGAGGAGAGCAGCCAAGCGUCCGGAGCUUAUAUAUUCAGACCGAAACAAGAUCAUCCCUUCCCAGUGGCCAAGAACGUGAAGACUUACACAGUCCAGACCGAUUUAUUUCAAGAGGUUUAUCAAAACUUUUCAAAGUGGUGCUCCCAAGUUGUUCGGCUGUACAAAGACCAGCGGUUUGUUGAACUUGAGUGGACUGUGGGGCCGAUUCCAGUCGGUGACAGAAUCGGCAAGGAAGUUAUCAACCGCUUUGACACGCCAUUAAAAACUGAGGGGAUUUUCUACACUGAUUCCAAUGGCAGAGAGAUCCUCAAAAGAAGGAGAGAUUACCGGCCGACGUGGCAACUCAAACAAACCGAGCCUGUUGCUGGAAACUACUUCCCGGUGAACAGCCGUAUUUACAUGAAGGUGAAAACUGUGUUAUACUUAACUGUGACAACAAG